AUGACAUCCAAGAAAGUCCUCGUCGUCUUCGGUUCCACUGGCAAUCAAGGCGGCAGCGUCAUCAACACUGUGCUCUCCCAUUCCGAACUGGCCUCAAGGUAUACCCUCCGCGGCAUCACCCGCAAUGCCAGCAGCUCGAAAAGCCAAGCCCUCGCCUCAAAAGGAGUCGAAAUGGUCACAGCCGACGUCAAUGAUCCCUCCACCCUCGGCGCAGCCGUCAAAGGAGCAUACGGGGUCUUCGCCGUCACUGACUUCUGGUCCAUCUUCUCCAAGGACGCGGAAACAGCCCAAGGCAAAGCGAUCGUGGAUGCCAGCAAAGCCGCGGGCGUCAAGCAUCUGGUGUGGUCCGGCGCUCCCAACGUGGCCAAACUCAGUGGUGGAAAGUACACCCACGUCGACCACUUUGAUGGCAAAGCCGCCGUGGACGAGUACGCGGCUGCGAACAAAGACGACAUGAUCGUGUCGCACUACUGGCCCGCCAUGUUCUUCGAAUCGUUGAAACAAGCCGUGCAGAAAGAUGGAGACGGCAAUUUCUCUCUUUCGAUACCAUUCCCGAACCCUAAUUCUGCUCUGCCGUUGAUCUCGCCGACCAGGGACACGGGAAAGUUUGUCAUCGGGUUGUUUGAAGCGGGCGACAAGGCCGAUGGCGUGAGGGUGCAGGGUACCAGCGAGUGGACCACGGUCAACAAGCUGACCGAGAAACUUCGAGAGAAGACUGGCAAGGAGGUGACGUUGAAUCUGAUCGAUGUUGGGACUUAUAAGAGCUUCUUACCAGAGAUGGUCCAGGAGGACCUGGGCGAGAUGAUGCAGUGGAUCGGAGAGUCGGAAUAUUAUGGAAAGGGUACGAAGGAGGACCAGGCUGAGAGUGACAAGUUCUUGCUCGAGGGAUCGACCUUGACUUCGUGGGAGGAGUUUGUCGGAGCGGAGUUUUGA